AGAGUGAAGUGUUUGGAGGAGUGGAGCCGGACGGAGGAGAGCGCAGAGACUUCGGGAAUAUAGUCUACAACCUUUUAAAUACGCAUAUAUAUAUUUAACAAAAAAGUCAUGGAGCUGCGCGGAGUCAACUUAUUCCUAUUUUUAUUUUUCUGCCAAGUUUAUGCCAGCCUGCAGUCGAAAGAGCAAAUAUUGCUGGAUAUGAAAGCUUCGGGAUCAGAGCUGGGGUGGUUGACGAUGCCAUAUGAGAACGGAUGGGAGAUAGUGCAGACGGUGGUGAACGGCUCACUUUUCUACACCUACAGUGUUUGCAGCAUAGACUCUACCGAACAGGACAACUGGUUGCGCACGACGUUCAUUCAGCGGCGCCCGGGAGCGACCCGUGUCUCCGUGGAGCUCCGCUUUGUUGUGCGAGACUGCAACACCUUUGAUGGCGCUUCUCUCGCCUGCAAAGAGACCUUCAACCUUUUCAUCUCGGAGGCCGACGCCGACGUGGGGACCAACUUCCGCAAAGGGCAGUUCAGGAAAGUGGCCACCAUCGCUCCCGAUGAGGUCACUCAUGGCCGCGUGCUGAAGGUCAACACCGAGACGAGGGCCGUGGGGCCUCUGUCUAGAAAAGGCUUCUACCUGGCUUUCCAGGACAUGGGCGCGUGUGUGGCGCUGCUGUCUGUCAGAGUUUACUACAAGACAUGCCCGUCCACGGUGAAGAGCCUGGCGUCCUUCCCGGAAACGGUGGCCGACGCUCUCAGGGAGGUGGAGGGAGCCUGCGUGGAGAACGCCGUCAGUCAGGCCACCCCGCGCAUCUACUGCACAGCUGACGGCGAAUGGGUGGUUCCCGUGGGUCAGUGCCAAUGUCUUGCAGGCUACGAGACUACCGGGGACGCUUGCCAAGCAUGUAAACCAGGCUACUUCAAGCUCUCCGCAUCCAACGAGUUAUGUCAGGUUUGCCCUGAUAACACCAAGCCCUCUGCAGCCGGCGCCACUGAAUGUUUGUGCGAGGAAGGUUUCUUCCGCUCCCCUUCAGACCCUCUUACAUCAGCCUGCUCCGCUCCACCCAGUGCCCCUCGCGACCUCACCUCCACCACCUUGUCAGCGGACGGCAAGCUUCAGCUGUCCUGGGACCCACCGCUGGAGACUGGAGGCCGCAGCGACCUCACCUACAGCGUGGAGUGUGAGCACUGCGAUGGUGGCCUGUGCGUCCCCUGCGGCGAGAAGAUCCGGUUUGAAACAGGACCCUCGGACCUGCAGGACACGACGGUUGUUGUCAGUGACCUGGAUUCUCAUCUCAACUACACAUUCACUGUAGAGACUCACAGUGGCGUGUCUCAGUUUGGCACUGAGAGGCCCACUGCAACUAUCACCACUGCUCUGGACUAUACAGAUCCCCCCAAGGUGACGUUGAUCCAUCUGGAUGAUCGCGGCCCCACCAGUCUGUCUCUGUCCUGGUCUCUGUCUCGCAGACCUCCAGCCCACAUCAAUCACCGCUACGAGCUCAUGUACCGCAGAAAAGAUGACGAGGGAGAGCGCGAUGUGACCACCUACACUGUCCUAAUUUUGGACAAAAGCUCCGUCCAGAUCAACGACCUCACUCCAGGCACAACUUAUAUGUUUAGGGUCCAGGCCCUGGGUCCAGAGGACAAACCUGGCAGCUACAGCAUCGAGCACGAGUUUCACACUUCACCGUUAGCUGAGUCUCAGAUCCAGAACAACUCCGCCAUGGUGAUGGGCUCCAUUGUUAUAGUAGCGGUUAUUCUGCUUGUCGUGGUGGCUGUCCUACUGCUGCGUAGACGGAGACUGAGCUCCCGUGGCCGAGGAGGACCUGAGGAUCCCUACUUUGCAACAGAUCAGCUUAAGCCUCUGAAGACUUAUGUUGACCCGCACAUGUACGAGGACCCCAACAUUGCCAUCCAGAAGUUUGUUAAAGAAAUUGACCCGAGUGCAAUCCUUUCUCAAAAAGUCAUCGGCGUAGGAGAGUUCGGGGAAGUGUUUAGGGGUGUCAUGAAGACUCCAGGGAAAGGGGAGGUGGCUGUGGCGAUCAAGACCCUGAAGCCGGGAUUCUCCGAGAAACAGAGGCAGGAUUUUUUGAGUGAGGCCAGCAUCAUGGGUCAGUUCUCACACCCAAAUAUCAUCCGCCUGGAGGGAGUUGUCACCAAAUUUAAGUCUGCCAUGAUAGUGACGGAGUACAUGGAGAACGGCGCUCUGGACACAUAUCUGAAGGGCCGUGAUGGAGAGAUUCCUUCAUACCAGCUCGUGGGAAUGCUGCGAGGAAUAGCUGCAGGCAUGAAAUACCUCUCUGACAUGAACUACGUCCACCGGGACCUGGCAGCGAGAAACGUUCUGGUGAACAGCAACCUGGAGUGUAAAGUGUCUGAUUUUGGUCUGUCCCGAAUCCUAGAGGACGACGCAGAGGGCACGUACACAACCAGGGGAGGUAAAAUCCCGAUCCGCUGGACGGCCCCAGAGGCCAUCGCAUACAGGAAGUUCACUUCAGCCAGCGACGUGUGGAGCUUCGGUAUCGUCAUGUGGGAAGUCAUGGCGUUUGGAGAACGACCCUACUGGGACAUGAGCAACCAUGAGGUCAUGAAGGCUAUCAACGAGGCUUUCAGGCUUCCUGCCCCGAUGGACUGUCCUUCCGCCAUCUACCAGCUCAUGCUGCAGUGCUGGCAGCACGACCGCUCCAAACGGCCUCGCUUCUCAGACAUCGUCAACAUUUUGGACAAACUUCUCCAAAGCCCAGAGUCUUUAAAAACCAUCGCUGACUUUGACCCACGGGUUUCUAUCCGCCUGCCCAGCACCAGUGGCUGUGACGGCACCAUGUUCAGGUCGGUGCCCGAGUGGCUGGACUCCAUCAAAAUGAGCCAGUACAGCGAGAGCUUCGCCCGCGCCGGGAUAGCAACCAUGGAGCAGGUGCUCGCCUUGAGGCACGAAGACAUCAGGAACAUUGGAGUGCGGCUGCCCGGCCACAUGAAGAGGAUAGCAUACAGCAUCCUGGGCCUGAAAGACGAGACCAGCUCCCUCAGCGUGUUUGCUGUGUGAUCUAAGCAUUCCUCAAAAUCAAAGUGCACUGACCGACCAUGCCAUUUCACUCACAGACGACGCGGACUCAAGUGUGGGGGGGGGUUGAAACUGAGCUACACUGUUUUUUUUUUGUCUUCUGUGGCACCGCGUGGCAUGACUGAAAAUGACCCUCCAUGCCUUUCAGAAGACUGAAAAGACUGAAAACAUUUAUGUACUUUAUAAUAAGAGGAAUAAUUUAUCUGUGUAUAAAGGUGUAUAAAUAUGUUAAAUAUAAAUAAGUGUAAAGACAGUGUGGGAGUGCUUGUAUUUACUGAAAUAUUUAAGGCUCUUUGUAAAUUAAGGGAGACUUCUUCCAAGCACUCACUUUAUCCUGCCUGUGUGUCUGGAGCCUUAAAUCUGUUUUGAGACUUGCUUUUAAAUUUGGAAUCAUUAUUCCACUCAGGGCAAAGAAUCACACAUUCUUAUGUUUUGUAGUCUCCCUGUCGCUGUGUGCGUUUUCCUCUGUUUACACCAUGUCUUAAUACAACAUUUUUAUUUAAUAUUUAUUUUAUUUUGUAUUUAUGUCAUUUGUUACAUGAGAGACUACUCUGAACCUGUUUAAAUAAAAAUCAGUGCUGCCUAA